GCCAAAGGUUCAACUGAGGUAAAAAGUUGGUGAGUGUACUGGCGAAAAUUGUCGGUAUUUCACCAUACUUUUGUAGUUGUAAACCGUGAUUAAGUACAGCCAUCUCGAACGUUUGCUGUUGCCAUGGAAUUAACCGACCAUCGAUUAAUUCACACUCAGCUGAUUUACUCGUCAUCCCUUGUUCAUAAAAUUUCCAUAAAACUGGGCGGUCCUGAAUCCACAACGAGUCGUGCGUCUAUACCAAAAUGGCAGCUCCCAGAAAGAAGAUCGGUGUGUUGGUAGAGUUCAAUUACGAAGACUUGGAGUUAUGGUAUCCAUUGUUGAGAUUUCGAGAAGAAGGUAUGGAAACGAUAACGAUUGGACCUGAAAAAGACAAAAUAUACAAAUCUAAGAAUGGUUAUCCAUGUAAAGCAGAUGUGGAUAUAGAGACAGUGUCUCCAGCUGAUUUGGAUGCAUUAAUCAUUCCAGGAGGCUGGGCGCCGGAUUAUUGGAGAAGAGAUAAACGAUUUGUCGAUUUGGUCAGGUGUAUGUUUGAAGCAGAAAAGCCUGUGGCAGCUAUGUGUCAUGGACCAUGGUUACUGAUAUCAGCUAAUGUAUUACGUGGUCGCCAGGCAACAUGUUGGCAUUCCAUAAAAGAUGAUGUAACAAAUGCUGGAGCUGAAUAUCAAGAUGCUGCGGUCGUAGUGGACGGUAACUUGAUCACCUCAAGAGGGCCAAACGAUCUACCAGACUUCUGUAAAGCCUUGCUUACACAACUUCUGUUCUCAUAGCAUUCAAUUCAUGUUAUUUUUAUUUAAAUUUUUGCUUUUUCUGUAGUGUAAAUAUACAUGUAUGCUUUCUUUGUUAUAUCUGUUUGUGAAUGUAUUUACCCGAAGUGUCAAGCUAAGGAGGCUAUAUAGUAGUAAUUAUUACAACCAAUCAUAUUCUAGUAAUUUUGUCAUGUGACCAUGUCAGAUCCAAAAUGGCCGAUAGUGUUGGUCAUCCUAUAUUUGUAUCAUAUGUCAACACGUGUUGAUAUUUGUAGUUUUAGUACAUGUUUAAACCAGUGAUAGCCAUUAGAAUAAAAAAAUCUGAAACCAAUGACUGAAAAAUAUAUUUGGAAAAAACAAAACAUUCAUUCUUCACAUAUAUAUCGUCAAUAAUUUUACCCAAUUAACAAUAAUCAUAUGCGCGGAUUCUGAUUUUAUUUCAUCCUCUAUCAAAAUUUGUUAUUUUUACAAUGCCUCAUGUAUUGUACAGCUGCCAUUCUAGUAUAAAGAUUUGAUAUCAAUGUCACUAACCUUGGUACUUCCAUAUAUCUGUUAAAUCCAGUGUAUAGGAAAGUUGAUCAGUGUGCCUCACUGCCUAACUUCUCUCAAGUACUCAAAGAUCAGUGAUUGAUAUUUACCGAGUAACAUUAUUUUGAAUUACUAAAGUCUGCAUUCCAUGGUUUGUUAUCCGUAGCAGCUAAUCAUGCCAUCAAUUAUUACUUAAGCAUUUGAAUCAUGUUUUCUCUGCCUUUUUAUUUAAAUUUGUUUUUUGUGACUUGCAACUCAUUCAUAUGCAAGUUCAUUCUAUUGUACAAUAAUUAUUUAAAUUAUUUUUAGGAAUAAAUAUCAGCUCUUCUCAGAUGAAUGAGCAGUCGAUGCAGGGUGCUUACAACACAUGUGUAAGCAGUAAUACACAAUAUUCAUAGAAUUGUUUGGCAGCCCAGUGAGCAGCAAAACCAGAAACUUGCAUCUUUGAUACUUUAUCUGUUUUUUGUUUUGUUUUUUAUUAUUUAUUUUUGUAUAUUUGCUAUGAUACAGGUUUGCUAGCUCACCAGCUACAUUUAUGUUAAAUGAAUGUAUCACACUUUCAAAUAAAAGUACUGUUAAACUGUUGUCCAAUUUUAAAUACAUGAUUGGAAAUAAAUGAUUUAUUCAAGGAGACAUCUUACAACUUCCAGCAUUGGAGGAAACUAAUAACAUGCAAUCACCCAUUGUAUUUUUUUCCCCCCCAAACAUUUUUCAGAAGUACGCUUUAAAAUCGACAGUUUGUCUUUUCAGACACUUUUUUUGCUUUAAUUUAACUGCAAAUGUCAUAAACCAUUUAACACCCACCCUGACUGCCUACAAUCCUGAGCCACCAUAUUUUUCUAUGUUACACAUAGGGGGUAGUCUUGUUACACUGUUCAGGAGAACCUCAACAGCUAGCCCAAAGUAAAGUUUUCUGAGAGUUUUUAGCCUUUGUUUUCACCAGUGACUGUUGCCAGGCAGAGAAAAAGCUUGGAUGUCCGCCCCAAGAAUAUGGCUAUGUGCAGUUCCAGAUACAACGCACAUGGACCCACAGCUCAUUUGUUAAUCUAGGUGUUCUAGCUUGUAAUUGGUGAAAUUGUUUGUAUUUGCAAUGUUAUUUACACACCAAUGUCAAUAAAACAACAACAACAACAAC